CAAAUCAUUAUUAGCAGCAGCACACCUGCUCGCGCCCUUCCGCUCUCUCUCUCUCCGCCCAGAGGCGCACCUUGUCAUUGGGCAUCUCGACGGCUGACGCAGGGCGUGUGACGGCUGCGCGUUCGGAACUGGUUUGUCCUGUGGGGCUUGCUGUAGGGAAAUGGUGCACGGGGCAUAGAGAGGCUGGCAGCGCUUGGUCUCAGCAGGAAGAGAAGAAAAGGAGGGAGGGACGCGCAGCACUGGAGAUGGGCCUGAGUUAAUAAAACAUGCUGCGGAACACGAUUUUUCACUUUCCCACGGCCAUGAAUGGCGGCCCAGGCAUGUGGGCCAUCACCACAGAGGAGAGGACCAAGCACGAUAAGCAGUUUGCCGGUCUGAAGCCUAUCAAUGGACUAAUUAGCGGUGACCAAGCACGCAGCUUCUUCUUACAAUCUGGUCUCCCAUCCUCCAUUUUAGCUGAAAUAUGGGCCCUGUCAGACCUCAACAAAGAUGGCAAGAUGGACCAGCUGGAGUUCUCCAUUGCAAUGAAACUCAUCAAACUGAAACUGCAGGGACAAUCUCUGCCCUUGGUCUUACCUCCUGUAAUGAAACAGCCUCCAGUCUUCUCGCCAUUAUCCGCCUCCCGCUAUGGAAUGGGGAGCAUGCCAAACUUGUCCAUGCCACCACCCAUGCCUUCCCUCAUACCCAUAGCACCCACAACAUCCUUAACCUCUAUGAGCUCUUUGCCUCCCCUGCAUAUGUCAACUCCCCUGGUGCCUUCUCUUGGCUCAUCAUCAACGUUGCCAAAUGGAACAUCCACUGCUAUGCUUUCGUCUUUCUGUGUGCCUUUGUCUUCUUCCACACUGCCUCCUAACAGCUCAAUAAAUCUCAUGGGUGGAGGAUUCAGUGGCACCACUAUGCAGAAGACUCAGUCUCUGAUAGACUUGGCAUCCAGCAGCUCAAAUUCCUCAUCUACCACCUCUCUCACUGGCAACUCCCCGAAAGCCAGUAACCAGGACUGGGCAGUGCCUCAGACAUCCAGACUGAAAUACAGGCAGAAGUUCAACAACCUCGAUAAAGCCAUGAGCGGAUACCUUACCGGUUCUCAAGUGAAGAAUGCACUGGUGCAGUCAAGCCUUUCUCAUACACAGCUUGCCACUAUCUGGAAUUUGGCUGAUAUAGACAAAGAUGGAAAGCUAAAACCUGAUGAAUUUGUCCUAGCCAUGUACUUAACGGACAUGGCUAAAUCCGGGCAACCCCUCCCACUCACUCUUCCCCCAGAACUGGUUCCUCCUAGUUUUCGCGGAAGUGUAAAUAUCACUGCUAGUGACCCUAUCAAUGGAACAUUACCUCUGUACAACAGAAUGCAUGAGGAAGAACCACCUCAAAAAAAGACAGCAGCGACAUUUGAGGAGAGGCGAAAGGAGAACAUGGAGAAGGGCAACAUGGAGCUGGAGAAGAGGAGGCAGGUGCUUGUGGAGCAGCAGCAGAGGGAGGCCGAGCGGAAGGCACAGAAAGAGCGGGAAGAACUGGAGCGCAGAGAGAGGGAGCGCCAGGAGCAGGAGCGCAAGAAGCAGAUGGAGCAAGAAAGGCGCAUGGAGCGACAGCGUGAACUAGAGAGGCAGAGGGAGGAAGAGAAGAGGAAGGAAAUUGAAAGAAGAGAGGCAGCAAAGCAAGAGCUUGAGCGACAGAGGCAGCAGGAGCUGGAUAGAAUCCGUCGGCAAGAGCUGUUCAACCAAAGGAACAGAGAGCAGGAGGAGAUUGUGAAGCUGAAGUCUAAGAAGAAGAGCUUACAGCUGGAACUAGAGGCACUUGAGGAUAAACACCAGCAGAUCACUUCAAGAGUCCAAGAUAUACGGGGGAAAAAACAGCUGAAGAGGACCGAGCUGGAGACCAUAGACAGAAAGUGUGAUGCAGGAAUUAUAGAGAUCAAGCAACUGCAACAAGAACUGCAGGAAUAUCAAAGCAAGCUGAGCAUUUUGCUUCCUGAAAAGCAGUUUUUGAAUGAGAAGAUUAAUGAGAUACAAGCUGUUAACUCUAAUGACAAACCAAGCACAGGUUUUCAUGGAUUUCAUAAGAAAGUCUCGGAGAAAGAUGAUCUCUGCCAAAGACUGCGGGAACAGCUGGAGGCCCUGGAGAAGGAAACCAGUUCAAAGCUGCAGGAAAUGGACUUGUUUAAUAACCAACUUAAGGAUCUGAGAGAAAGCUACAGUAAGCAACAGGCUGCCUUGCAUCAGCUGCAGAAGAUCAAGCAGGAAAAACUGAGGGAAGCAGAGCAGAAACGAGCUGAGCAGGAGCAAAAGAAGCACGAGGAAGAAGAGGCUGCAAGGAGAGCCAAGCAAGAGAAAGAAAACCUCUGGCUGGAAAAUCUUAAGAAAGAAGAAGAAGAGAAGCAGAAGCGCUUAGAAGAUGAGAGAAGGAAAGAGCAGAAACUUCUGGAAAAGCAGAGAGCAGAGGAAGAAGUGAAUGCACGGCAGAGGGAAGCCCAGCAAAGGCUGGCAGAGGAGAAGAGAAAGCAGGUCGAGAGUGAAGAGGAACAGAGGAAGAAGCAGCAGGAAGUGGAAAAGCACAGGCAGGCUCAGCUGAAGAAGGACCUGGAGGAGAAGAGCAAGGUGGAGGAAGAGGAGAAGAGACGUAAGGAAAGCGCUGGCCGCAAAGACUCUGAGAAGCGAUUCUCCAAACUCAGCCUGGAUGAGAAGUUCACUGACAAACUGAAGAAUAUUGGAGGCAGGAACGGCAGCUCUGAGCGAGGGAAAGAAGCCAGCACCUCCAGUGUCUCCGAUAACAGAAAAUCCUCGACGUCUGCAUUUGUCAACUACACGGCCUUGUACCCAUUCGAGGCUCGAAAUGGAGAUGAGCUGAGCUUCAAUGCUGGGGAUACCCUCCAGGUGGACGAGAAUAAUGCAGGGGAACCUGGCUGGCUGUAUGGCUGCUUGAGGGGAAAUGUCGGCUGGUUCCCUUCCAACUACGCAGAGAAAUCUGCUGAGACUGAGGCACCACUAUCGCCGAAAAAGGCCUUACUGCCUCCUGCUAUCUCCUUGUCUACCUCAUCUCCUGCCAAGCCACUUUUGACGAGUAAAUCCUCCUCGGAGCUAGAUACAGAGUAUCAGAACCUUCCUUUCUCCAGCCUUAACGUGAACAACACAACGUGGCAGAAAACAUCUGCAUUUACCCGUACUGUAUCCCCGGGCACCAUCUCUCCAAUGCAUGGGCAGGGGCAGCCGGGGGAGAGCGUCAAAGCGGAAGCACUGUGCUCCUGGACUGCAAAGAAGGAUAACCACUUAAACUUUUCCAAAAAUGACAUCAUCGUUGUACUGGAGCAGCAGGAAAACUGGUGGUUUGGGGAAGUCCGAGGACAGAAAGGCUGGUUCCCGAAAUCUUACGUUAAAAUUCUUCCUGGCGCUGAUACAAAAGCUGCAGAGCCAGAACCCAUCUAUGCGGCAGUGAAGAAGAAGCCGGCUAGUUCCCCCGUAACUGGAGAAGAGUAUGUGGCCCUGUAUACCUACUCAAGCGCAGAGCCUGGAGAUCUCUAUUUCAAUGAAGGAGACUUCAUCCUAGUGACCCAGAAAGAUGGCGAAUGGUGGACGGGCAGAAUAGAAGACAGGACAGGCAUUUUCCCAUCAAACUAUGUGCGAGUCCGAGACCAGGAGGUUUCCAGUGGCGCGGGCAAAUCCGGAACAUUAACCAAAAAGCCUGAGAUAGCCCAGGUGACUACCACUUACACUGCCACCGGCACAGAGCAACUCAGCUUGGCACCAGGCCAACUUAUCCUCAUCCAAAAAAAGAAUCCCUCGGGAUGGUGGCAAGGAGAGCUGCAGGCGAGAGGCAAGAAACGGCAAAAGGGCUGGUUCCCGGCGUCGCAUGUUAAAUUACUCGGACCAAAUAAUGAAAAAGCUGCUCCUGCCUUCAAUCCAGUGUGCCAGGUGAUAGCCAUGUAUGACUACAUCGGCAAAAAUGAAGAUGAGCUUCACUUCAACAAAGGGCAACUUAUCAAUGUGCUAAAUAAAGAUGACGUUGAUUGGUGGCAAGGCGAAAUCAAUGGAGUGACUGGCCUCUUUCCUUGCAACUACGUCAAGAUGACCACGGAGAGUGAUCCCAGCCAGCAGUGGUGUGCCGACCUACAUACACUGGAUACCAUGUUGCCCAUGGAGCGAAAGCGCCAGGGCUAUAUACACGAGCUGAUCCAAACAGAAGAGAGGUACAUGGAUGACCUUCAACUUGUGGUAGAGGUUUUUCAGAAACCGAUGUCUGAGUCUGGCUCUUUAACCGAAGGAGAGAUGGGCAUGAUAUUUGUAAAUUGGAAGGAACUGAUCAUGUCCAACACCAAGUUACUUAAAGCCCUGAGGGUCCGUAAGAAGACUGGGGGAGAGAAGAUGCCAGUUCAGAUGAUAGGGGACAUACUGGCUACAGAGCUGUCGCACAUGCCGGCCUACAUCCGAUUCUGCAGCUGUCAGCUCAACGGCGCUGCUCUACUGCAGCACAAGACUGACGAGGAUGCCGAUUUUAAGGACUAUCUAAAGCGACUGGCCAUGGACUCCCGCUGUAAGGGAAUGCCCCUGUCCAGCUUCCUACUGAAACCAAUGCAAAGGAUAACCCGCUAUCCUCUAAUUAUAAAAAAUAUCCUUGAAAACACCCCUGAAUCUCACCCUGACCACAGUAACCUGAAGUUUGCGCUGGAUCGAGCAGAGGAGCUGUGCUCUCAGGUCAAUGAAGGGGUGAGGGAAAAGGAGAACUCGGACAAGCUGGAAUGGAUUCAGAGUCAUGUUCAGUGUGAAGGUCUCAUUGAGCAGAUCAUAUUUAACUCUCUUACAAACUGCCUGGGGCCCCGAAAAUUGCUGCACAGCGGCAAAGUGUACAAGACAAAGAGCAACAAGGAGCUGUUCGGUUUCCUCUUUAAUGACUUCCUUCUUCUCACCUACAUGGUCAAGCAGUUUGUGUCUUCAGGGUCAGACAGGCUCUUCAGCCCUAAAACCACUGCCCAGUACAAGAUGUACAAAACGCCAAUCUUCUUAAAUGAAGUGCUAGUGAAAUUGCCAAGUGACCCUUCUAGCGACGAACCUGUUUUUCAUAUCUCCCACAUUGACAGAGUCUACACACUCAGGACUGACAACAUCAAUGAAAGAACGGCCUGGGUUCAGAAGAUCAAAGCUGCCUCUGAGAAUUUCAUUGACACGGAGAAGAAGAAGAGGGAGAAAGCAUAUCAAGCACGCUCUCAGAAGUCUUCAGGGAUUGGCCGCCUGCUGGUGCAUGUGAUUGAGGCAACAGAAUUAAAGGCCAGUAAACCUAAUGGGAAGAGCAACCCGUACUGCGAGGUCAGCAUGGGCUCCCAGAGCUACACCACCCGCACCCUGACUGACACCCUCAGCCCCAAGUGGAAUUUCAACUGUCAGUUCUUCCUUAAGGAUCUGUAUCAGGAUGUUCUGUGUAUCACUGUGUUUGACCGUGAUCAGUUUUCCCCUGAUGAUUUUCUGGGUCGAACUGAAGUUCCUGUAGCCAAGAUACGAACUGAGCAGGAGGGCAAAGUUCCGGCCACCAAGCGGCUACUGCUGCACGAGGUGUCGACAGGAGAAGUGUGGGUGCGCUUUGACCUGCAGCUCUUUUAGCAGAGAUUUGGCUCCAUUAAUCUGCUGGACAUUACUGAAACGGAAAUCCACUCGAGAAAGAGCUGACACUCUGCUGUGAUCCUCCCGCAACACCGACUGUCCCUGCUGAUUAGUUCACUGUUGGCUCCACCUGUGCAACUCUAGUUCUGCAGGACCACCAGUAGCCAUUGGAUCACUGUGCCUUCACAUAGCAAUACUGCACCGCUUUGCGCCUUUCUUUUUUUUUUUUAAAAAAAACAAAUGGCAACAUUUUUUAGGGUAAUUUUUAUUGUUUCUGGUGCCAGAAAAAAAUCAAGCUGACUGUAGUUUGUUUUUGUUGGGGGGGAGGGGGAGCGGUGCCACAACCCCUAGAGCUGCUGAUAUAGAUGUAGGCAUCGCUGGAAGGCGGGGGGAAGAUGUCACUAACUAUGGAAUAUGCCACCUGCAACUCUCAAGGUAUAGAGAUUAGACUGUUGUUAAUAUAUAUCUUUAUUAUUUCUCUGGAGAAAUCCCUGGAUUAAUUCAUUUUCUCUCUCUCUCUCAAAACUUGGCAUCUGAAGACCUUACAUUAGCCUACAAGCUUCCCCAUGAGUCUCUGUCUCUCUGUCUCUGUCUCUGUCUCUGUCUCUGUCUCUCUCUCUCUCUCUCUCUCUCUCUCUCUCUCUCUCUCUCUCUCUCACACUCACACUCACACACACACACACACACACACAAAGACCUUACAUUAGCCUACAAGCUUCCCCAUGAGUCUCAGUCUCUCUCUCUCUCUCUCUCUCUCUCUCUCUCUCUCUCUCUCUCUCUCUCACACACACACAAAGACCUUACAUUAGCCUACAAGCUUCACCAUGGGACUCUCUUUUCUAUCUCUGACACCUGAAGACCUUACAUUAGCCUACAAGCUUCCCCAUGAGUCUCUCUCCUCUCUCUCUCUCGACACCUGAAGACCUUACACUAGCCUACAAGCUUCCCCAUGGGACUCUCUCUCUCUCUCUCUCUCUGCCACCCAAAGACCUUACAAUAGCCUACAAGCUUCCAUGGGAAGAGGAUUUAGGAGGACCUGUUAAAAGUGCAUUAUUGGCAAAAGGUUUUGUAUUAUAUGGAAAGCUAUAGAGACAUACAGAUAUAUAUAUAUAAUGUGCACAUUCUAUUCCAAACACUGUAAGGGUUAUAAUAGAGUUAUUUAAGGGAUGUGAUUUUGUGAUGGACAAAACAAGUGAUCUUGAGAAGGCUUCGGAGGCCGUGUUGGCACAUGGGUUGUAAGAAAUGUAUAGAAUGUUGGUGAUUUCUCCAAAUACAUCAAGGCCUGGAUUUUUCUGUGAUUUUACUUAAAGGAGGCCUGGAUUUUUCUGUGAUUUUACUUAAAGGGGAACUAUUGCAAAAAUGAAAA